AUUGGUGGGAAAAAUUUCAAACUGACAAUAGAACUGCAAUAAGAAGCCCUCAUCUAUUUUAUUCCGACCUCCUUAUCUAAAGAGGGGAAAGCAAGUUUGUGUGUGAGAGAACGCUUGCCACGCUUGUCACAAGCGGCGGAGAAACGAAGGGAGGGGGGCAGUGGACAGACAUGGGUAACGGAGGGGGUGGCGUUUGGCUCGGCAAAGACGUGAAGUGAACGAGGAGAGGGGAAGAAGCGAACCUGGCCCUUUAAGUCACAAAAUCAGCGCAUUCGGAGCUCCCACCUGUCCAACAGUCAUACACACCUGAGUAUCAGAUUCAUACAGAGCAGAACCCCAUCUGCACACCAUCAGCCAGUUCUUCGCCAGUGUGGUGAACACUGAUGGAUCAUGUCUACCACUAAUAACAUCGCCCAGGCCAGAAAACUGGUUGAGCAACUGAGGAUUGAGGCAGGAAUAGAACGCAUUAAGGUGUCCAAAGCGGCAGCAGACUUGAUGAGUUACUGUGAGCAGCAUGCUCGUAGUGAUCCCCUGCUGGUAGGGGUGCCCACAUCUGAAAACCCUUUCAAGGACAAGAAACCUUGCAUCAUCCUAUAGCCGUGCCCCUCCCCUUCUACAAUAUACCUACACAUACACACAUAGACUCACAUAAACUUAAACACACACUCCCACAAUUAAACACAUACAGAACAUGUACUUAGCCCUCUACAAGCUCACACACUCCAGCUGGUUGCAUUCUAAACAACACCACAGCCACAGUUAAGGGCAGGUCUGGGCAAAGAAUUAGCCACAUUCUGGCCUGAGUUCAAUUUAUCUGCGUUCCUAAGUAUGACCAGGCAGUGUUUAUAGUCUGGGUUGCAUUCACACAUCCUGAUCUCAUUACUGGAUGGGUUGGAUUCAUUUUAAAAAGGGAUUUGGAUUUAUAUAAUUUCUAGUAAUCUGCAUACAGUGAGCAUUAGACUGAUAUCAUUUGUCGUACAUUUGAUGGGUUGGCUGUAUAUUGGAGGAGAGGAGGGUAAAGAACAGGGACGGAAUAGGGAAGGAUAUAGUGUAGGCCGAUGGUGGGCUGAAAAUAGGGGAGAGUGUGAGUGUAAAACCAGUCAGUUAUUUAACUGUAAUUGUCUGUCUAAUUUGUUGGUUCACUGAGCUAAGCCAAUAUAAUAUUUUAGCCCUGGAAGUGAACCUGAGUACAUUCCUUUUUUGGUAAUGGUAAUUUUAUUCUGGUCUAAGCCGAGGGUAAUGAUCCCCUGACCUUUAGUCUCUGAACAACCUCAGCUCUCUAUGGUGCACCACCCUUGCUGGGAAAUACUGUGUGAGGCUAUCUAUAAGCUGGCAAACAAACAGUCGUGCAGUUGUUUUAAUUGUUCUGCAUUUGGUUCUAUUCUACUAGCCUGUGCCUCCUACUGGGCCAGACCUUUAGCUGUGCCACCUGGUGAAAGAGCUGUUUUCAGAUGCUGAUCCAAAUGUAUUUUAUUUUUAUUUAUAAAAAUAAAAUCUUAUCCUGACUCCAUUGCUGUGAGGAUGGAUCAGGAUUCAUGAGAAGAUUAUAGGUCUGCUCCUACAGUUAGCCUAUCAAGAUGGAGAGAGUAAAGUGAAAUGAUUGACAUGUGAACCCCCAGAAGUUUUUUUUAUUUUUUAACAACUGUUGUGAAAAGAUUUUAAAAAUAUAUUUAGUUGAAGCAUUACUUAAAAAAAAGAAAGGCUUUCAGUUGUUUCUUCCGGAGCAGACAAGGCAGAUAAUAUGAGAAUCUCGCUUUUACCCAGCCAUCAUCUUGACCAGCAUGUUUGAACCUGGGUCAGUUCUAAUGGAUGAUGUGAUUCCCCAGCUAGGUCAUAUCAGACAAUGGUUUUAAUGCCAAGCCGAAAUUUCUAGAAUAUUCACAAUCUCAGUUCUGUUUUUAGAACUUCACAGUUACUAUGGAGCAACUGGUCAUUGCUCAUUGUCAUCAUUUCCUGGUAACAUUCCCUGAAACACUCACAAGUAGACAGGUAAAACAAGACAGUUCCAUACUUAACCCCCCCUCCCCACCAGCAAACAGUUUCCUGUCCUCUGUCUCCACCGCAACGGUUCUCUUCUCCAAACAUAAAACACACUUGAUUGUAUAAAAGGACAAGAAGGAAAACGAUGCCAGAAGAAACAAAAUAAGUGUAUAAACUUUAUUUCAGACGUGAUGAAGUGAAUCAAUGGAGAGUAGUGUUUUUGGGUUAGUUUGAGUUUCCUCUAUAUGAAGUCCAUGGCACCUGAUCAGUGGAGUAUUACUCUGUUGUGUUUCUAAGAUAAAAACUAACAUGGAAUCCUCAUUCUUUUAGUAUUUUAUUGUUUUGCGUAAGCGGUUCUGUUCUGUCAGGAUUCUGUCUGUAUUUUUGUUAAGUCAUUUCAGGCCAGAGCAGCUCGAGGUAGAUGUUACCUCCCAUCUCCGAUGGUUGAUAACAUAGGCCCAUCACACAUAUGAAACUCUCUGACCAACAGGAAGUGGUUAGGGUCACCACUACAUUCUGGAGAGAAGUUUAUAUUCUCGAACUCCACAAGGCAGAGAUGCAGGGUGAUCAGAAUAAGAAUGAAGCAGUCUCAGUACUUCGGCAGAGGAUUAUGUUGUGUUGGGCUGGGUCAGGACAGAAGUCUGCAUAGGUCAAUGGCUUUGUUUGAAAAACUUCAGGUUUCUGUGCUGAGCCUGAAUGCAGGAUCAGUGAUAACUGCGUGUUUGUAAGUGUGUGAGUGACCAUUGUACAGGAAUCUGGACUGCAGGAGCACUAUGGAUAGUGUGGGAGGUGCUGUGUGUGCAUGACUGAAUGUGCUUUCAACCACAUUUGUGUGUGCAUGUUUGUUUUUGUUAUUAACACCAACUUUGUGUGUUAGUGAGUAGUGUGUGUGUGUGAGAAAUAGACUGCUAGGGAUGGUUGUUAACUUGGGGCCAUUGUCUUUUACCUUACACAAACACAAAAAAGAACAGACUGUGCUGUUAGUACAGAUAUCUGAGAUCAGAAGUUUGACUGUGGCCACCGACAGUAUGAGACCAGCAGAAACACAGAACAAGGGUUCCUGAAAGAGAACGAAGACUGGUAUGGAAGCAUCAAGCAUUGAGAGAGAAUAGGAGCAAAACAGUCUAAUUAAAAUGUUAUCUCAAAUGUCACGAAAGGUUAUCUGAUGAUGAAGAGCUGCAGUUGAGCAGUAAAACCAGUAUCUGGUGCCUGUACUACCACAGGAUAGUAUCUAUGUGGUAGUUGUGGAGAUAACUAUGGCUUCAUUUUUGCUGCUGAAGCACUGUGAAGGCAAACAUUGAGCAUGAAUACAGUCACACACAGAUACUCUUUCUCUUUGUGCUUCAGAAACAAACACAGCUUUCACAGUUCACUCACUGAAACUGUUUGAGGCCAAAACUCAGAAGGAUAUCUUAUGUUGUCAUUAAUACCAACAGUUGUUGGGUUCAUAUCAAUGACAACCUACUAAAGUAACUGCUUGACUGGUGGCUUGUCUUGAUUAAUUGGUUGGUUGAUGGUUUGCCUUAUAUUUGUGUAUUGUGUUCCAUGGUUGUUUUCUGGCACCUGAUUGACUCAUUUGACAAUAACAGUCUAAAAGAGAACACUCAGCUCUAGAUUGAACUCAAGGAAUAACAUCUGCUUAGUGUGUUAUACCCCAAAAUACAUUUUCUGGUCAUUUGAGGUGAAUAGAGGUUUGUUAUUGGUGGACCUACAGUAUAGUAUCAAACAUCAACCAGUCGGCUCUGCGUCCUGCCUGAGACUCAUCUUUUUAGUUCUGAUCUCCUGUCUAUACAUAUAUUGUAUAUGUAUCUUUUUGCCUUGAUUGAUUAUAAAGAAAAUAUAUCUAUUUUUUGUAACUGUUCUUCUCUAAUGUGCCAUAACUCAUGUUUUCUUGCACACUGUUAAUAUUUUGUGAAUAUUGCUGUUUAAAAAGAUAUUGAAAAGUAGAUAACAUAAAAUAAAACAUGAUAUAAUAGGUGCAGACUCUUUGCCUUUGUUUUUUUUUUACAGUGCUGUGUCAGUUUAUUUGCAGGGUUAACUUAAGUAGUAUGUUAUUCACAUGCAGUGUAGACUAAUACUCACACAACUCAGGAAUGUUCAAUUAAUCUCUCUUUUACAUACACACACUGAAAGCUGGGACAGACACAUUGUGUACAUGCAAAACGUAACAUGGUGUGCAUAGAAUCAGUUGAGUUAACAAUAGGAGAAAGACUGUGUGAGGCUAUCUAUAAGCUGUCAAACAAACAGUCGUGAAGUUGUUUUAAUUGUUCUGCAUUUGGUUCUAUUCUCCUAGCCUGUGCCUCCUACUGGGCCAGACCUUUAGCUGUGCCACAUGGUGAAAGAGCUGUUUU